GUCAGUGAUUCUCUCCUUUGAAAACGACUGUACAAGUCGAAUAGCCCGAAGCCUUUUUCCUUUCCUAUGAUAUUUGCUUGCUAUGCCGUCUGGUGAGUAGCACCUCACUGCACGACGAGCUCUCCAGAUCACUGAAAGGCUGCGUGACGAUCGCUGCUUUUCCCUCUCGCCCCAGACCAUACAAGCAAUCCUGCACUCUCAGAGUCGUCUACAUCGUCUUCGGCAAACUCUAGAGCCUCAUCACCCUCUAUCAUUGAAAUGUCCGACUUCAGCCUUGUCUCUACCAGUAUCACCGCUAGUUCCAGUACUACCAGCUUUCUUGUUCCCUCGGAAGACACUUUUUCCGAUUCUCCAUCUCCAUCCAUCGAUGGGAUUCCCUUUGUGUCUCCCUUUAUCUCUGCCGAAGAUGCACCAGGGGAUCUUCCCAACUCCAUGAGCUUUUCUGACAGUCAGAUACCUGACGUAGACCCUCAAAUAUUGGAGGCUCUACGGAGCAAGGACAGAAUUUAUGUCCUGAGAUUGGGGGAGAUUAUGGAGGACCUUAUCAACGAGAAAAAGGUUCGCGCUGACCUGACCGCAGCUUCCUCUUACCAGCGGCUCCUCCUGCAUCGUUGCACUGCCUACUACAAGCUUCAAGUAGAUGUAGAUCCUCUCACGAAAUCAAUCUCUGCGCUCUUGAUUGCAGAAAGUCGAAUACCUCUCCGAAGACUGGCAGACCUCGUUCCUCCUGAGCCGACUCCACAACCUGCAUUCAAAAUUAUGCAGAGGUCUCCUCAUGAUCGUCGCGUCAAACCUCAAUCUCACACAGGCUCGGUCACCGGUGAAGAUGCUGACUCGUCUGAUAUCGAGCCUUCUGAAGCCGGCAGUGUUGGUGGACGCAGCAGUGUUACCGGUGGCAGCUCUAAGAAGCGAAUGACGAUGGAGGAACGUGAAGCGGCUUACAAUGAAGCUCGCUCGCGUAUCUUUAACGAAAAGGGGAGAGACACAGAUAUGAGUGCUAGCUCGUCCUCUAUCAGCGUCGCGUCAAGCUCAGCAGGGGGAAGUAGUCUAGGAGAUGGGGAGGACUCAGUAAACUCCUUAGCCACAGAGAGUGAACGUUCGAGCCCUUCUUCCAAUAGAAGAGGCAAUUCCUCUAUCAAGUCAUCUGGCUCCCGGCCGUUACGAUCUUCAGCGCAGCCAUUCACAUCCAGCGGAUCUGGAAGCUCACGCAACUCUCGUGCCCCUUCUCCCGCAUUCACCUAUGCUUCAUUAUACGAACCUGCCUCAUCCGGGUCGUUUGAUCCUAAUUCUGCCAGUCAACAAUACCCAUCAGCACCAUUCGGGUAUCCUUAUUCUGCCCCUGCUCCCGCGCACCCGAGUCCUUCUUUUCCCAUACAACCAUAUCCAUACUAUUAUCCGUACGGUCCACCGCCUCCGUCGCGCAAUCCCUCCGAUCCUCCAUUGACAGGUGAAGUAUAUCCACCCCCUCUUCCAAUGAUGUACAAUCAAUACAUGUGGCAAGCUCGAAAUAUGCCUCCAUUACAUUCUGCUCCCCCCUUACAGCCACAGAACGCUACUGGCGGUCCUCCUCCUCCUCAUCCCUUUGCACCGCCACCGUUUAUGCAACAUCCGCCUGGAUAUGGAUAUCCAAUGCCUGGCUACUAUACGCCCCCGAGCGACUUGUCAAUUACAUUUCAGUCUCAUCCAGAUGGACAGCUUUAUGAUGGGCGCAAUAUGGGUGCUUCGUUUCCAGCAAUGAUUCCUCCUACAACUAACAAUGGGUCGGCGCACGAUGGGGUGCCCGGAUCUAAUAAUAAGUCUUUGAACCAUCGCGCGUCGAAUGGUCAUACAAAACCGCAGACUACCCCAUUAUCUCGUCCAGCAUGGAGCUACGGUCCUGGGAUUAGCAUGGGCGGAACAAUGGUCACCAUGGCCGGCUCAAACAGCAACGGUAGUGGCGAAACUACUGGACCACGUUUGCAUUCGAUGCGUAGACAGUCGAACACAAGCAACGGGAGUUCCUCAGGAGCCUAUCGAUCCUCGAACAGUGACGAAGCCUCCUCUAUCGCUUCAUCUUCAACCUCAUCGUCUUCCAGAAGGACGUACACCUCAACAGCAUCUUCUCAACAUCCUCUCCCACCUCGACCUGACUGGGCGGUUGGUCUUAAACCUGACCCGACUCUUCACUCCACUAAUUCAAGUCGUCACCACGAUAACAGCUCCCGUAACUCCCCGGUAUCUCCUCCUCGCGUCCCGAAUGGUACAGGGCACUCGAACAAUUCUCAUAGACGCCCUCAACAGACACAGCCAUUGAUAUCGCUUCAGUCACAAGAUUUCCCCCCUUUGACUGCUAUGGCCACACCAGAAAAGCGACCGACUGCAGGAGGCGUUUGGACGAAUCCAUCAAGAUCGGUCAUGACGACUCCCGCGCUCGGAGUUACAAGUUCAGGAAAUGCUCUCGUCCAUCACCCCAAUGCUCCCAAUAUUCCUUUCACCAAUAGCGAGGCAAAUGGUUUCCGUGCUGAGGACGGCUUCCAGCGACCGCCUCCGAGAACAGCUGAGCUCUAUAACCCGAAGAUAUCAAAGCGAUCUAAUACCAUGCAGGUUCAGGGGGAGAAAAACAGCGACGUUCGUCUGAACGACCAGAUUAGAGGUCUUUCUCUGGUGGAUGGACCGUUUCAUACCAAUCACACACGAAGCAACUCUGAAAUGUCCCUUCCUGAGGCAAGAUCGACAUAAUUUGUGGAAAGUUGGCUUCAUCGUUUGUCGUGCUUCUUAUCGCAUCACUUUGAGCACUUCUGCUGUCGAUAAUCUUCCAUUGUUUCAUCCUCCUCUACAUUACUUCAGUAAAUAUGUUCUUGUUAUGAAAUAUCUACGAUAGAAUGAACAUAAGUGUUUUUGUUCAUAUAAGUUGUAGUGCAAUUUCUUGUUGAGUGUACUUAUGUACUUUCAUGUAUGUACCUGAUAAACAAGAGAGUCAUUUCUUUCUUUGGACUUUCCA